AUGCCUCACGCUUCCUCGUCCGAUGGCGACUCUGCCAGUUCCCCUUCACAACUUCCCACUAGCGCCCCCUCGUCACCACCGCCAGCCUCUCCUGCGAGCCCAGCAAUGGACAAGAGCAAAUGCUCGCCGCGGAAGAGGAGAAGGCGCGCGAAGAAAAACAACAAGGCCGAGGACAAGCGCAGGAAGAAGUGGAAGAAGCGGGAUCUGAGCAAGAGGGAGCGCGAAACCAAGGCGAAGGACCUAGAUCAGCUCCUGGCCCAAAGCGCCGCCUUCAGCAGCAUCCUCACAAACAAGACAAAGGUUCUGGGUCGUGUGGGCACCAGUCUGGAUGGCAAGACCAUUGGCGAGCACGACUUGACUAUGGCGAAGCAGCCGAAGUGCCUUGUUGGUGGCACCAUGAGGGACUACCAGCUCGAGGGUCUGACCUGGAUGUACGAAAUCUGCAUCCAAGGCAUGAGCGGGAUCCUGGCCGACGAAAUGGGACUGGGUAAAACCGUACAAACCAUAUCUUUGAUUGCGCUGCUCCGUGAGCAGGAGAACUACCUCGGCCCGCAUCUCAUCGUUGCCCCCUUGAGCACUUUGUCCAACUGGCUAGACGAGUUCCACCAAUGGGUUCCCUCAAUACCGGUUGUCAUGUACCACGGUACGCCGCAGCAGCGCAACGAGAUCUUCAAGUCCAAGAUUAUGCGGCACCUCCAUGGGGGAAGGCCGACCGAGAAAUUCCCCGUAGUUUGCACUAGCUACGAGAUGGUCCUGAAAGACCGGGCUGCCUUGUCCAAGAUUAACUGGGAGUUUAUCAUCAUUGACGAGGGCCAUCGCAUGAAGAACUUCGACUCGAAGCUCUUCCGAGAGCUCAAAUCCUUUACUUCGGCCACUCGUCUCCUCAUCACCGGCACACCGUUGCAAAACAACUUGAAAGAGCUGUGGUCUCUGCUCAACUUUUUGCUGCCCAAGAUCUUCCGGGAUUGGGAGGCGUUUGAGAGUUGGUUCGAUUUUAGCGAUCUGGAAGACGAAGAGGGCACCGAGGAGUUCAUUGCCGACAAGACCAAGCAGGAGCUGGUUAAGAAGAUGCAUGUUGUGCUGCAACCCCUUCUUCUCCGUAGGGUGAAGGCGGAUGUCGCAAAAUAUCUCCCGAAGAAGCGCGAGUACGUGUUGUACGCGCCUAUGACGAAGGAGCAGACGGACUUGUACAACGUUAUCAGCGACAAGAAGAUUGAUACGCGGGCGUAUCUGGAAAACAAAGUCAUCGAGCGUCUUACGGGCGCCACCAACAGCAAAGCGUCGUCGCCUAGCCACAGCACGCGGUCUUCCAGGUCGAGUAGUGUCAAGAAAGAACCCGACACAGAGAGUAAAUCGGUGUCAACGCGAGGGAAACCUGCUACCGCGAAGCCAAACGACGCCGAGCGACCGGUUAAGAACGCCUUCAGUCUCAUGAUGGGCAAACCUCCUCCACGAGGCCGGCCGGCCAAGGUUCCCGCUGUUGUCGAACCAUUGGCUGCCGAGCUUCCUCCUAAACCAGCAAAGAAAGGGGCUAAGAGAAAGAGCCCACCGGCAGCUGAAUCGCCUACAACCAAAAGUACCAAAUCCAGCAGACAGUCCACCCCAGCCAGUACCCGUGGCCGGCCACAGAGAGGCAGGCAGUCGUACAAGGAGUCCGACUCGGACGAUGAUUUGCUGGAUGACGACGAGUUUGAGUCCAAACUUGCUGAACAGCUGGGCGAGGAUGAACCCGAAGUAAUAAAGGAGCCACUCAACGAAGAGGAAUUUGAGCGGGCCCAGACCCUCGAGGUUGCGAAACGGGAAAUUGCGAACAAGAAGCUCGGCAAUCCGCUGCUCCAGCUCCGACUCGUUUGCAACAGUCCGCAUAACUUUUACAACCCCUGGGCAAGCGGCACCGACCUGCCCAUUGACGAGAGCAUCGUGACGGCCUCGGGCAAGAUGCUCCUCCUCGACCGCCUGCUUCCAACCCUCUUCAAGCGCGGCCACAAGGUCCUCAUCUUCUCGCAAUUCAAGACCCAACUCGACAUCCUCGAAGACUACUGCUCCGAACUCCGCAAGUGGCCCGUCUGCCGCAUCGACGGCGGCGUCGCCCAAGACGACCGGCGCGCGGAGAUCCACGAGUUCAACACAGACCCGAAGCUCAAAAUCUUCCUGCUGUCCACCCGCGCGGGCGGGCAGGGCAUCAACCUCGCCAGCGCCGACACCGUCAUUCUGUUCGACAGCGACUGGAACCCACAGCAGGACCUGCAGGCUCAGGACCGGGCGCACCGCAUCGGCCAGACGCGGCCUGUCGUCGUGUACCGGCUCGCAACGAAGGGGACUGUGGAAGAGGGGUUGCUGAUGAGUGCCGAUGCGAAGCGCCGGCUGGAAAAGCUGGUCAUCAAGAAGGGCGGGUUCCGGACUAUGGGGCAGAAGAUUGAUAUGCGCGAGGACCUAGACAAGGAGACGCUCCAGGCGCUGCUGUUGAAGGAUGGCCAGGUGUACAACUUCUCGGGGGACAAGGAGGUGCUGAGUGACGGCGACUUGGAUGUGUUGUGUGACAGGAGUGAUGAGGCUUAUGCGAAGGCCGCGGUGGGAGAAGGGAAUGCGGAUGGAUACACGGUAAUUGAGACGGGGGCGAGCGGGAUCAAGACGGCCGGAACCGCAUAGCGUUGUUUUGAACAUCCACCGGAUUCACGCUCCAGUACUUGGCCCCGUUUUGAAGGACACGAAACGAGAUAUUGGACAAGCAAUUAGUCUCUAUUGUAUUACAUUAACCACGAAUCUAAUCGAGAAGAUACUUCAAGC